UCUGGCGGGACGGUCGGGUUCAAGAAAGUGAACAGAGAGUCGUAUGAGGCUGGCUAUCAGUGCGGACUACGGAUGAUCAAGGCUAUAGAGACGCUGCUGGACAAGCAGGACGUCCGUUUGGAGAUUCACCUCGACGGUUUUGGGCAGGGUAGGGACGCCGUCAUGCAGAGUAUCUUGGGGUCGGAGGGGUUGAGGAUGAGGACGUGUGUUCGCGCCAUCGUCGACACCACAAAGAUCAAGUUUGGCGGUGUGAGAGCGAAGAAGUUGAGGAAGAUCUAG